AUGGUGAAGACGUUCCAGGCGUACUUGCCGCAGUGCCACAGGACCUACUCGUGCAUCCACUGCCGAGCUCACCUAGCCAACCACGACGAACUCAUAUCCAAGUCUUUUCAAGGAAGUCAGGGACGAGCUUAUCUAUUCAAUUCAGUGGUGAAUGUUGGUUGUGGCCCAGCAGAGGAGCGGGUUCUCCUCACAGGCCUUCAUGCUGUCGCUGACAUUUAUUGUGAAUGCUGUAAAACAACCCUCGGCUGGAAAUAUGAGCAUGCCUUUGAAUCGAGUCAGAAAUAUAAGGAAGGAAAAUAUAUUAUCGAACUGGCACACAUGAUCAAGGAAAAUGGGUGGGACAAUUAA